CAGCCCAGCACCCCCAUAUCCCUCCUGGUAAGGGUGUUAGAUGGAAACCAGGGGGGGCACCCACCCGGAGGGGGGGUCACCCACCCCAGCCCCCUGCAAUGCCCCGGCCUGUCACGAGCAUGUUGGGUCUCAGCAGCCCCCAGUGGGGAGGGGUCCUGCUGUCCCCAGGCCGGGGGGACGCAGGGACACGCUGUGGCUGUGGGGCAGCGCCCAGGGGGCCCCCCCGAAGGGAACCUGACUCCGCCGGGGGGCCGGGGGGGGCCGCGGUGUAUAAAUGCCGCUCCCGGCUGCUCGGCCAGGCAGGUGCCGGCGGGCACCCACCGAGAGCCACGAUGCCACCCCCAGCUGCCCACGGACCCCCCCCGGAGCCCCCCGGGACCCUGACCCACUUAUCCCCCACCGCCAGGGCCUGAAAGCUGAGCCGGCUCCGUUUCGGGGGUCAGUUACAGCGGCUCGGGUGUCACGGCUCGGGGGGCCACGGCACCCCCCGGCUCGGGCAGAGCCAGCCCGGCAUGAAAAAGUCAUGAGCAACCAAAGCUGGGGUUGUUUGUGGGAACAAUAACCGGGCACGGGGCUGACACCGGAGCUGCUGGGCCGGGGAGAUGGUGGCAGGAACCAGGGCGGCAUCACCAGGACGUGGCCAGAGCCCGGCACGGGGGGUCCGAGCACUUUGGGGGGCCCAGGCGGUGGCACAGCCCGUCCCUGACAGGCCCAGGUGGAGCGUGGCCGAGGCUGGAGGUCCCUGUGGCUGCACCUGCCCCGUUUGGGGGGGUCCCAUUUGGGCUGGAGUUCAGUGCCUGCAGGGUGGGAGUGGGGCCUGUCCCCUGCACCCCUGUCCCCCCCAGUCCCUGCACCUCCUGCCCCCACCACGGGGCCAGACCCUCAUCGUUGCCAUGAGUUCCAGGCGGUCUCAGCCCCGAAGGACCCCACGCCCCGGGAUGGCUCCAGGGGGGGCUGGGGGUGUCCGUGACCCCGAUCCACAGCUGCAGAAGGGAUUUGGGGCCACCGGACAGAUGGAGGCCAAGGGCCCCAAAGCAGGAUAAAAGGUUUACACUAAUCAAAAUGCCUGGCUAAUUGGAAAAGGCGCUUAGGGGCUGGCCGGGAGGCGGCGCGGCUGGAGGUGACCCGCUGCUGAAUCAGAGGGACCGGUAACCUUAACCCGCCGGCAUCGGAACGGAUACGCCGGCCCGGAUCGGGUUCCCACCCAAGUUUUCCACCCGCGGCUCCGCCACAGCCGGACGGGGCCGCGGCGAGGGACGGUGGCGUGGCCGGGGGCUGCCGCGGUGCCCCCUCGCCCGGGCGUUCCCGGUGCCCACCGUGACCCGGCCGGUCUCUAAACCCACCUGAGGGUACCCAGGCGGGUCGCAGCCCCCAGGGCCCCGUCCCGCUCCGUGGGUCCGGGGCAGCGCAGCCGCCCCCGCCGCGGGCGCUCGGUCCGGCCCCGCCGCGACGCCCGGGCUCGGCAGCGCCGGGGAGCCCCCGCCGGCCCCCCGGGGGCCGCCCCGCCUCGGCGGAAGAUGCCAACGAAUGGGAUCCACCAGGUGCUGAAGAUCCAGUUCGGGCUGAUCAACUGCGAGAGCCGGUACCUGACGGCGGAGAGCUUCGGCUACAAGGUGAACGCCUCGGCGCUCAGCCUCAAGCGCAAGCAGAUCUGGACGCUGGAGCAGGAUGAAGCCGACAGCUCCAUCGUCUUCCUCAAGAGCCACCUGGGCCGGUACCUGGGCGCCGACAAGGACGGGAAGGUGCGCUGCGAGGCGGAGCAGCCGGGCCGGGACGAAGGCUUCAGCAUCAUCACGCAGUCGGACGGGCGCUGGGCGCUGCAGUCGGCCCCGCACCGGCGCUUCUUCGGGGGGCGCGAGGACCGGCUGUCCUGCUUCGCCCCCAGCGUGACGGAGGGCGAGCUGUGGACCGUGCACCUGGCCAUGCACCCCCAGGCCAACCUGCUGAGCGUGAGCCGCCGCCGCUACGCCCACCUGAGCGCCCACGAGGACGAGAUCGCCACCGACAGCAACCUGCCCUGGGGGGUGGACGCGCUCAUCACCCUCUGCUUCCAGGACAAGAAGUACAGCCUGCGCACGGCCGACGAGCGGUACCUGCGCUGCGACGGCACCCUGGUGCCCGAGCCCGGCGCCGGCACCGGCUACACCCUCGAGUUCAAGGCCGGCAAGUUGGCGUUCAAGGACUGCGACGGGAAGUACCUGGCGCCCACCGGACCCACUGGCACCCUCAAAUCCGGCCGCAGCUCCAAGCCGGGCAAGGAUGAACUCUUUGACCUGGAGGAGAGUCACCCCCAGGUGGUGUUCACGGCGGCCAACGGCAGAUAUGUCUCCAUCCGGCAGGGUGUCAACGUCUCAGCAAACCAGGACGAGGAGCUGAACCACGAGACCUUCCAGCUGCAGAUCGACCGCGACACCAACAAGUGCAGCCUCCACACCAACACCGGCAGCUACUGGACCCUGGUGGCCCACGGGGGCAUCCAGGCCGUGGCCACCGAAAUCGCUGCCAACACCAUGUUUGACAUCGAGUGGCGCGGGCGGCGCGUGGCCCUGCGCGCCAGCAACGGCCGCUACGUCUGCACCAAGAGGAACGGGCAGCUGGCCGCCGUCAGCGACGCCGUGGGGGAGGACGAGGAGUUCACCCUGAAGCUGAUCAACCGCCCGAUGCUGGUGCUGCGGGGGGAGCACGGCUUCGUCUGCUACCACCGCGGCUCCAACCUGCUCGACUCCAACCGCUCCGUCUACGACGUCUUCCACAUCAGCUUCAGCGACGGCGCCUACCAGAUCCGAGGCCAGGGGGGCAAGUUCUGGUACGUGGCGAGCAGCGGGUCGGUGUGCAGCGACGGGGACCUCUCCGAGGAUUUCUUCUUUGAGUUCCGGGAGCGCGGCCGCGUGGCCAUCAAAGCGAAGAACGGGCGGUACCUGCGCGGGGACCCCGCGGGGACCCUCCGCGCCGACAGCGAGUCCGUGCUGCGGGCCACGCUCUGGGAGUACUGACCCCCCUUCCCGGGCAGCCCCCGCCCACAGGCACCAGCCUGUCCCCCGGAAAAGGGGGGCGGUGGCAGCAGUGGCAGCGCCUGUGGCAGCCGCGCCCCCGGCCCCUCGACCCACGGCAUUAAAGUCACCUG